AUGAAUCAACCAGCAAAACGAUGUCGUUUUUCUACAAUUACAUCUUCGUCAACAUUGAAUGAAUUCUUACCAUCAAUGCGAACAACAAAUAUGGAACGAGCUACACUUAAAAUUGAAAUCCCCUUUACUGAUCAUGCUCAUUGUAUUGGACGACAAGGAAAUCAAAUUCAAAGUAUCAUGUCAGCAACAGAUACACAUAUUCAUUUUCCAGAUGGAAACCGUGAACCAAAUGGUACUAAAUCGAAUCAGGUAUCAAUAACAGGAACAGUAUCAUCAAUUGAAGAAGCUCGAAAACGUAUAAGAGAAAUUCUACCAAUGUCAUUAAAAUUUCUUAUACCCCCAACAGAAUUAAUUAACAUUAUUAAUGAUGAUUAUCCAUUAUUUAAAAAUGUUCGUACACGUUUUGGUGUUAUUGUUUUACCACGUCCAUAUGCUAAAACUGGUGAUGUUUAUUGUAUUGUUCGUGGACUUAUUAAUCAACCAGGUUUAGCUGAAGCAACUGAAUAUUUAAUUCAAGCAUUUUAUGGUUUUGAAGCACCAUUAAUAAAAGUAACAUGUCAAACAGAAGUUAGUGAACAAUAUCAUGUUUAUUUACAAACUCGUCAACAAUCAAAAGAUAUGUGCAUAGCGGCUAUUGAACAGUAUACACACACAACAAUACAAUUUCCAACAAUGAUUAAUUCAAAUUUAUCACAAGAUAAUACAAAUAAUUAUGGACGUCGAACAUCAGUCAUUAUAUCGGGAUCACCAACACAAGUUUGUCAAGCUCGAAAAUUAUUUGAUCUUUGUUUACCAGUUAUUUUAAAUUUUGAAAUACCCAUUGAUAAAGAACCGACUCGUGCUCAAACUGCUCAUAUUAAAGAUAAACUUAAUGUAACAACAACUGUUCGAACACGUAAAGAUAAAAUUGGCAAAUUAGUUACCGUUCAAUCACAAGAAUAUAAUUGUGAUCAAUUAUUUCGAGCUCGUGCUAUUAUUCUUGGGUUAUCAGAAUCAAAUAAUAAUCAUAUUUUACCAAUUAAUGCAAAUGGAUUAUUCGAUUUGAAUCAAACAUCAACAUUUUUAUCUGAUCUCUCUUUUCCAACUGCAUCGUCAUCAUUAUUUCUUACUUCUCCUUCAGCAGCGACGACAACAACAAAUCAUAUAACUGAUAUUGAAACAAAUACAGCUAAAAAACCGUCACCCAUUGGUCAUGAACGUUCUUCAUCACGAAGUGAAAAAUUAUUAUUAUUUGUUUCCAAUGUAACUUGCGUUUUUUUUAUAGAUCUUGAUCAAGAAGGUAUCAUGUGGCCAACCAAUAAUGAUCGAAUUCCAUCGCUCUUUGUUUUUGAUUCAUCGACUCAACCGACAUUAAAACCGACUGAUAUUAAUAAUUUAGAAUCAAUUGACAAUACUUUGGCUUUUCCAAUACAAGAUAAUUGUUCGACAAAAUUAUUGACAUUACUUCGUUCACUUAAUUUAGAGAAAUAUUGGUCAACAUUUGAACGUAAUGAGAUUGACUAUUGUACGUUUCUUUCUAUGACGGAUCAUGAUUUGACUCAAAUCGGUAUUGAAGCUUUUGGAGCUCGUCGUCGUAUGCAACAAGCUAUUGCAGACCAUACUUUGGCCAAUAUCAAUCGAUAUUAA